UUCGAGAAAAAUUAUGGAGCAAUUGUCUUCUGAAAAAAGGGAAAGACCACAAAUGUUGCAUGAAGCUACAUGGAUUCAUCUUUUAGACAGUGGAGGUCAGCCUCAGUUUACCGAUCUCCUUCGUAUGUUUGUACGUGGUAAUUCACUGUACAUCAUUGUCAUGAAGGUGACCGAAUCCCUUCAUGACAAACCCACAUUCGUUUUUUCUAUUGAAGGUAAACCACUCAAUGCGCCAAAAGAAAUGACCAUGACUAAUCUUCAGAUUAUUGAGAGGUUUGUUCGUUCUGUUGCAGCAACUUCAAGAGAAGACAAUAGUGAACCAGCAUUUGCUAUUGUAGCCACUCAUUGUGACCAGCGAUCAAAAUAUAAACAGUUCUUGGGCUCAGAGGAAUCAAUUGAAAUGAAAAAUAAAACUCUCCAAUCACAUUUGAGUGAUUUUCUUCAUCUUUUUGUAUUCUAUAAUCACAAUUCUGAUGAGCUGAUUUUUCCCGUUAACAAUCUUUGUCAAGAGAACCGAGAGAAGCUUUCAGCUGACAUCUGCAAUCGUCUUGUGUCUGACGUUAGGUUCAAUAUUAAUAUACCAGUACGUUGGUAUGCAUUUGAUUUGGAUAUCAAGAAUGAAGCAUCAAAGGAGACACAUGGAAUGAUCUCACUUGAGUCCUGUUACUCUAUUGGUCAAAGAUUAGAAAUGGAUAAAGAAGAGGUUGAAAGGUGUCUCAUUUAUUUGGAUUCAAUGAGAUUAUGUAUCUAUUAUCAUAAGCUCCUUCCUCAUGUAGUCUUCACUAAUCUUCAGUUUCUGAUAGAUUGCCUCUCCAAUAUUGUUUGCGUGUCUUUCGUAGAUAAACUUAAAAAAAUAUUACCCAAUGGAACCAUUAUAUCUGAAAAAAUUAUUCACUUGCUUAGAUAUAAUGGAACUUUUGAUCAAACACUACUCGAUAGUCUUGGAUUGACUUUUAUUCAUAACUUGUUUUCAAAGAAAGAUCUCCUAUUGUUGCUACAGAAAUUCCGUGUUAUCUCAUCUAUUGAAACUCCUCAAGAUGAUGCUAAAUAUUUUAUUCCUAUACUUUUACCAGCAGAAAGUCUCUCAGAAAAGUCAAAAAAUUUGAUUGCUACAAAUUCUGUUCCGCUUUUUAUUACAUUUGAUAACAAACUGAUGUUACAGGGUUUAUUUCCAACAUUGGUAGUUUCUCUAUUAGGUCGAGAGGAAGAGCCUAAGUUUUUCAUUGAUAGUCGUACUUUUGAAUUUCCCAGGCAGCUCCGCCAUGCAGUGAAGCUCUAUGCACCAAGUUUAUUUGCAGCAGUGUUCCUUUGUGAGAAUAAUGAAUCAAUUGAUGUUUAUUUCACAGGUUGUCCACAACAUUGUUAUCAUCUUCGCAAGGUAAUCCUUGAAGCUUUAUCAGUCAGUGUUAAGGUAUUGGAGUAUGAUGAAUCAAAGUUAAAUAUGUCAGCUCUUAUUCGUUGCAAUCGUGAGCAUAUUGAACGUGCUCAUGAUAAGAAGAAUCAUCCUAUUACAAUUUCACUUGAUUUAUCUCAAAUUGGUUGCAGUGUUGAGUCUAGUCUUCCUACUAUUGCAAUUAGUGAUUUAAUUGAAAGGAAACGCUGCUGGCUAAUACCAACAGCUUCUGUUUGUGAGCCUGCUCCAUUACCAGUUGAUGACAAUGCAUUGUUAAAUCACACUCAUGCUCCUGCUAUUCUUGAUGCCAUCGAUUCUGUAGUAGAUGAAUGGCAAAGAUUAGGACAAAAGUUGGGAAUCAGUGAUAAAAUGUUGAGGCAGUUCAAAUAUAAUUCCCGUGAUCAAGUUCAAGUUUGUCGUAAAGAUAUGAUCUACUACUGGAUAGAUGCAAGAUGUGCUACAUGUCACAAAUUGAAAUCAGCACUCAAAAGUAUGGGAGAAAAUGGAAUCGUCAGUGAGAUACAGCGUUUACAAACUGCUAAAUAGGUAUUGAAGUUUUAAUUUUGCUACUUUUAAUGUUCAACUUUUCUUGACAAUCGCUUCUUAUUUUUGAGUGCUUUCAUAUAAUUUUAUUGUCUUGAAAAUUUGAUGUAACAACAAUUUGUAGUGACAGCAAAAAUAAUAAUUAUUAUUAUCACUAUUUUAAAUAAAUUUGUUAUUGAUGUGUGGUGCUUGUUGAAAGUAUAAUAUAAAUUAACAAACAAAAAUAGAAUAUUAAUUCUGAGUCAAUAAUAUGAUACAGUGAAUGAAGAGAUGCUGCUUGUGUGAUGAAUAAUAAAAACUCCAUUCCUCACGAGUGAUGCUGUACCUCAACU